GCCCUGCGGCGCGGCCAUGGCCUGGCGGCGACCGGAAGCCACCACGCGGAGUCGCGGCGCGCUGGCGUUCCUGGCCCUGGCGCUGUGCGCGCCGGGGACCGGGGGCCGGGCGCUCGAGUGGUACUCGGCCCUGGUGAGCACGGCGUACGUGGACCUGCAGACGAACCUGACGGUGCGGAGCGUUUCGGAGAGCGGCCGCUUCGGCGACAACUCGCCCAAAGAGGGCGCACAGGGCCUGCUGGGCGCCCCGCGCGCGCCGGACGGCCACCCCGAGGGCUGCGCGCCGGACACCCGCUUCCACGUGCCCGCGCCUGGCGGCCAGGGUGCCGCGCCCUGGGUCGCUCUGGUGGCGCGCGGGGGCUGCACCUUCAAGGACAAGGUCUUGGUGGCGGCGCGGAGGAACGCCUCGGCCGUGGUGAUCUACAACGAGGAGCGCUACGGGAACCUCACCGCGCCCAUGUCCCACGCGGGGACAGGGAAUACAGUGGUAAUUAUGAUUAGCUACCCAAAAGGACGAGAACUUUUGGAUCUGGUGCAAAGAGGAAUUCCCGUAAAGAUGACCAUAGGGAUUGGCACACGCCACGUGCAGGAGUUCAUCAGCAGUCAGUCGGUGGUGUUUGUGGCCAUUGCCUUCAUCACCAUGAUGAUUAUCUCAUUAGCCUGGCUGAUAUUUUAUUACAUACAGCGUUUCCUCUACACUGGCUCACAGUUUGGAAAUCAGAGCCAUAGAAAAGAAAUUAAGAAAAUUAUUGGCCAGCUUGUACUUCAUACUGUAAACCGUGGAGAAAAGGGAAUUGAUGUUGAUGCCGAAAAUUGUGCAGUGUGUAUUGAAAAUUUUAAAGCAAAGGAUAUUGUCAGAAUUCUGCCAUGCAAGCAUAUUUUUCAUAGAACAUGCAUUGACCCAUGGCUUUUGGAUCACCGAACUUGUCCAAUGUGUAAACUUGAUGUCAUCAAAGCCCUGGGAUAUUGGACAGAGCCUGAAGACGUGCAGGAGACGCCCGCUCCAGAAUCCACCUCUGGAAGUGUUUCAGCUGCAAAUCUGAGUGUCGCCAUACAAGAUGAGGGCAGAAGUGACGGAAGCAAUUUACCAUCAUCUUCCACCAACGAGUCUGCGCUUCAGUGCAGUGCCAGUUUUAAAGAUGAUGCAGGGGAAAACACAGCACUAUUGGAAGCAGGCAGGAGUGACCCCCAGCGUGGAGGACCCGUCUCCUCGUGCGCAUUCCCACGGGCGGCAGGCGGCGUCGUGGACACAGCUCCAGCUUGAACUAAAGGACAUUUUAUUUUUUUACCUUAGCACAUUGUUUGUAUAUUUGAAAGUAAUAUACAUUCUUUUACUUUUCAGAUUCUGGCUUGAUAUACAAAAGGGCUAAGAUAUUUUAUUCUUAAAUAGACUUUCUGAAUGGUCUUCAUCCCUUUACCUACUAAACUCGGUGACAUGUAAUAGGUUGUAUGUUGUUUCACACUGUUACAGGGAAGAUGACUGGGAAAGACACACUGACGUAAAAGACGGGUGGUGUUUCCAAACUCUGCAAUAGCUGCUGUGGUACUUGUACAGACAAGAUCACUUCUGUUUCUUGAGGAUUUUUUAGACUAAAGCACAUUUAUUUUCGACUAGUUUGAAGUGGGAUUGUGUAAUUAAGUUUAGUAAUUGUUCAUGAGUUUUCCCUGGAGGAAAGACUCUUUUUUGGAACUAUAAACUUGUAUACCAGGUUAGAAAUAUACAGCUUUCUUGCACAUCUGUUUUGUACAUAGAGAUUUCCAAAACAGAGAACAUUUUCAUGGUUUUCUAUUUGGAAUUUUGAGAGAAGCACUAGAUGACUUGAAGAUUUGCAUUUUUCUGUUUCGUUAUCUUAUUUCUUGUCACACCUUGAUGGGGAGAGGAGUUGGUCCGUUUUUUUUCCUACAAAUAAAAAAAGCUAAGACCCGGUAUUGCACAGGAGCAUUAAGUGCUUUGUUGCCUCGUUAAGGAAAUUGAGUAGGCAUACUGGAUUUUUAAAAAUGAUGUAUAUAUGAUAUUGAUUCCAACUACAAUUUAAUCUUUAAAAUUAAACGGGUGAUGAAGAAUUUUUAUUUUUGUUAUUGUUGGAACAAAAUAAACAAGUAACCAAUUUUCUGGAUUCGUUUUUAAGCAAAGCUAAUACGAUGACCUUGCUUUAUCAUUUUCUCUUUUUCUUCCCUCCCUCUUAUUUGUUUUUCUUCCCUGAAGGUUAAAGGAGCAGACUAAUGUCAAGCUUUUGGAGACGGCUCUUUGUGUUUUCUAGUGUCUAAGUAAAUACACACACACACACCCCCACCCACACAUACCCACACCCACCCUGCUCUUUCUCCUUAUGAAGUACAGUCAUUUUAUAGAGUGUGAAAUUGUAGUCCUAAACUAUUUACUGUGUAUAUCUUACAUUUAAUUUUUGGGCAAAAAAUAAUUUUUUGAGAAAAAAUUCAUAGAAAAUUAUGAAGUUUAUUCUUAUAGCCGUAUCUAAGGUAUGAGGUUUUAUAUAGCUUAUUUUUUCAAGUUAUUUACUAUAUUUUGAUUCUAGCCAGUCACAGUGACGUAUUCUGCAAAUAAAACAAGUGCUUUUACCGAGUUAAACUCUAAGGCCAAAUUCAGCGUGAGGAGCAGUUGAAAUAGAAAGUCUGUCUUAGUUUGAGUCCUUGGUUUAACAGGCAGCUUCAAAGUAGGUUCCCAUGACAGCCAUUCGCUUUGGAAUCUACCUUCCGUGGUUCAGUGGGAACGGGAAAAUAUGUCUCUGAUUCUGUACCAAAUAGUUGGUGUUCGCUGUUUGUAUUUUGAGAAACAUAUUAGGGAGAAAUGUUUUAAUGACCAGUUCUCCCAGUAGCUAAUGGAGCUGACUUUUAAAAAGAACACUGACAGCUCAAGGUGAGUUAUUUUCGGUAAUUGCAGAAGCAUGACCUCUUAAUCAGCAGCUACAGCUUUCGUUAACUCACAAGUUUGAAAACUAAAUAAUAAAUGAGAAGAGGCUGGAAUAAUACAGCCUCAUCCCCAGAAACACAAGUCUUUAAUAGCAGAAAAAGAAU